CGACGUGACCCGGAAGAGAGGAGCGUCGGUGUGUGAGAGGAUUGUUUACAUUUUCUGCAGCCUGUUAAAAUGAAUCCUCCGAUGAUUAACUCGACCAGCUCCGUUUCGACGACCAAAAGAAAACGAGAGGCCGAGCGCUCGGUUAACUGGACCGUGGAGGAAACUCAGGUGCUGCUGUGCGCCUGGAGCGACGAGCGCAUCCAGAAGAGUUUGGCAGAAAACCUUCGCAACAGGCAUGUCUUCAAACACCUCUCAGCCCGCAUGAGCGAAAUGGGCUUCUCUCGGAGUCCACACCAGUGCCGGCUUCGGGUCAAAACUCUGAAGGCUAACUAUGUGAGAGCCAAACUGCAGAGGAGCGUUGACAGCUCGCAGCCGUGCACUUUUAAAUAUUUUGCAGAGAUGGACGCUGUGUUGGGCCGGAGGUCAGUGGCAGGGGAAGGAGGGCCCUAUUUUGUUUCUACAGAGCGGAUGUCAGAGCAUCACCUUGACUCCAUUGACAGGACAGGAAGUGACCCUCUAGAUUUAAAUUCUAAUACGGAGAUUAGUGGACAGCAUUUGGCCUCUUUGGGGAGGACAGGGAGACAACGUGUGAGCUCUGUGGAGGUGCGAGGAGGGCGUCUGCUGUGGCAGCUCGACUCCGAAGUCAAGUUGGAGGACAGAGAUGAUUCAGCAGAUGAGUCUGAGUUUAGCAGUACAGGAUUCCCACAGCGACACCACGAAGUUUAUCUGGAAUCAUCCAUCCAUCAUGAAAUGAGUGGUUCACUAGUAGAAAACAGCUUGAGCACUCCUUCCCCACAUGUAGUGCCACCUCCACCUGCAGCUUCUCCUCCUCCUCCUCCUCCCCCUCCUCUCACCCAUCCUGCUGCCUUUCCUCUCCCUUCACCCCCAGAUCCAAACCCCAACACCCUCCCCACCUCUGGCCACCACCACCCUGAGUCCUCCUGCCUCAAGCACCUGUCGGACUGCUUCCAGCAGCUGGUGUCGGAGACCCGGGGCCUGCUGGUGCAGCUUGAGAGCCAGCGGCAGGAGCAGGCUCGCUGGCACCAGGAGCUCCUGGCUCAGUGGAUGCAGAGGGAGGAGCGCCGGCAGAGGGAGACGGCCGAGAGGGAGGAGAGGAGAGAGAAAGCUCGCAUGGAGCACGAGAUCAGAGUCCUGGAGCUCCUCACCAGUCUAGCCAGAGAACACAGGUGUAAAUGUGGAGGCAGCCAGACUGUAGCAGAGGCACCGACAGGUCCAAAUCAUACCAUGAACAAAGGUGGAAAUUAAGAUGCACCUGCACCAGGUGUUUUUACAGGGGACUGGUAUUCAAGCUCAGGUGGAACCAAAGAACAGCACUGAUGAUGCAGAAACAGCCACAUUCAGGGGAUUUAGGCCUCAGCCUUGAGUCAUACGGAGAGAGAUUUCAACCGAAUCAGUUUCAGGAAAAGACCCUCAAGAGUCUGUGAGUAUGAGAUGAUGAUUGUUGACUGACAACCAGAGGUCAGUCGUGCCCUGAAAUCUUAAAGGGCGGCUCCAUCUGCGUCCUUUUACAUGUGUUUGAAACAGAAACUCUAACUCAGGCGCUACCAAAAAGCAAUGACGUAGGUUACAGCGCUGAUGCCCUGCUCUCCUUCAACCCCCACAAAUGCUGACAGUGUAAGCGUGGAGUGUGAGGAAAGUGUUAGCUUGCAAGAUUUGAGUUUGGAGGUGAAACAGGGUGCUAUUUCAUUGUUGUUAAACAUUAUUUAACCAGGUGAUGACACAUUGAGGGUGCUUUCAGACGUACAGUUAUCUUGCUUUGGUCUGAAUCAGGGACUAAUGUUGUUCCAAAGCUGUAUAAUUGCCUAGAGUUGGUUCGUUUUCUCACGGCAGCAUUUACAAGCCGAUCAGAUCAAAUGCCUUGUGCGAGAAAGCUGCUCUUGAUUUUAGUAGGAGUACCGCCACGAAAGCUAAGCAGCGCACAGCGCACUGCUUUGGACGUCACGUUAGUUUGGUUCCAAAAGACCCACAAUAAUACAGACAGACAGAGAGGCAGCAGAUAACCAGUAACUCCUUUUGUUAUGCGAGGUAAAUCUACAGUUUCUGGCAAAGUAGUCUGGUGGCUGUGGACAAGGGCAGUAGCAAACUAUAUUUUAGCCUCCUAAAAAUUACCUCACCUUAAAAAGAAUUCAAUUUCAGUCUAAGUAUAUGUUAUAUUUAGAGUAUUUUGACAUCUUCACCUUGCCAAGAGAGACAGGGAACUAAAGCUGUUAACUAUGCUCUGUUCAUAGCUACAAGACUCCUUUGACAGAUACAAUAAUUUUACCUCACAGCACACAGGAGUUGCAUCUCCCAGCUACCUCGAUAGUUUAGUUUGUUUGUGUUAUUGUGUGACUGUCAGAACUGAACUCGCGUAGCAUCCACAUCAGGGCAUGGGUUUAUAUAUACUGUAGCAGUGUUAGGGUUUAGGAAAACAGCAUUAUGGCGCUAAAACAUACAAACUUGGACCAAAAUUAGAAUUUUCAGAUUUGAACACACGAGGAAUACUACUGAGAAGCUACAGACUGACGUAAAAACAUCAAACAAACAAAUGGAGCCGCCCUUUAAAAGAAAGAAAUUGCAGUUGAGGUGUGAAGGAGAAUUUUGUUCUUUUCUGUGUUUGCUGUUACAUCUUUGAAGGCAUUUCUACAGUGUCAGUUAAUGGCACCAAAUGUAAAUCAACUGUUUCAUGCACUUUUAUAUAAAUUAAAAAAUAGAUUUU